AUGGCUUCACCUAAUGGUUCUUUUUAUCACUUAACCUAUUUUCUGGCCGCUGGGGCUGUUAUGUUCGGAAUUGGUUUCUUUGCUUUGGCAUCAGCUUUAUGGUUCCUGAUUUGCAAACGAAGAGAAAUAUUUCAAAAUUCUGAAUUCAAAGCAACUGAUGAGAGAUGCAGCCAAAGAGCAUCAGAGGCAAAGAGUAAAUCUCAUUCUCAAUGUGUUUUUAUUUCUCGAAAUUUUCAUACAGGAACAUUUCAAUUAGAGGAGGAGCAAAGAGAACAGGAAACAGCACAUAUAAAAGCAAGUGAUCACUCUAAAGAUGAAUUCUGCCUUGCAACAAAAAAAGUGAUUUGUGACCCCUCAGAAACUGGCUCAGCAACAAAUUGGGGUGAUGUUACCUUAAGCUCAUCAACAUUACCAUCUGAUUCUUGUUACAGCCAAACUAUAGAAGCAGCUGAUGACUGGUUUACUGAUGAUUCUCUAGUGAAAGAGAGCUCUUCAACGCCUCUUCUCAGGGAACCUCUAAUGGAAAAAGUAUGUCCAUACCUGUCAACCAUUUCACUAGAAGAAUGUACUGAAUAUGAUAGUUUAUGA